CAAACACGCACGCAAGAGCUCCACACACAGGAGUCGUCGGACAUCUACUGGAAAGUCAAUAACAAAUCGACAAAAACAGAGAACAGGCCUGUUCUUCCGUAUUAUCUUGCUGCUAUAUGUGACAAAUUAAACAUAUACCUGCGGAUUCUCACUGUACCGUAUUUGGAUAACAUUUGAGGUCCACACAGUCGCAGCAAUGACUCAGUGGCUGGAGCUUCAGCAGCUGGAUCCAAAGUUUUUGGAGCAAGUGGACCAGUUGUACGACGACAACUUUCCCAUGGCCAUCAGACAAUAUCUCAGCGGCUGGAUAGAAAGCCACGACUGGGACCAUGUCGCAAACGUGGAGAACGAGUCUCUGGCCACGGUGAGGUUUCAUGAUCUUUUGACCCAGCUGGAUCACCAACACAGCCGCUUCGUGAUGGAGAAAGACUUCCUGAACCAACACAACAUCCGCAAGUUUAAGAGGAACUUGCAGAACCUCUUCCAAGACGAUCCUGUUUCAAUGGCGAUGAUCAUCAGCAGAAACCUUCGCGAGGAAAGAAAGAUUAUAGCCACUGCGAAUAUGUCAGUGACUCCAACACCGAACCCCACACAGGACAUGGUUGUGGAGAAAAAUCGUGAAAUGGACGGAAGGGUGAAAGACAUAAAGAACAAAGUGCAGGACGCUGAGCAAACCAUCAAAAAUCUGGAAGAUUUGCAAGAUGAAUAUGACUUCAAGAAUAAAACUCACCUAAGCAGAGACGAACUCAAUGGCACCAUUUCAAAGGAGGACCUGAACCGCGAGAAACUGAUGAUCCACGGCAUGUUUGUGAAACUCAAUGAAAAAAGAAUAACGGCGAUUACUCAGAUGUCCGAGGUGUUGAACCUGCUGGAACCGGUGAUCUGUGAGCUGAUCUCGGUAGAACUGGUCGAUUGGAAACGUCGUCAACAGAUGGCUUGCAUCGGCGGGCUAACUAAUGUCUGCCUGGACCAGUUGCAGAACUGGUUUACUUCUCUUGGAGAGUCUCUGCUUCAGAGCAGACAGCAGCUUAAGAAACUUCUGGAGCUCGAGCAGAAGUUGUCAUACAGCACAGAUCCCAUCACCUGCAGCAAAAUCUCUCUGGACGAAAGGAUCAUGUCAAACCUCAAGAAUCUCGUCACAAACUCUUUGGUAGUGGAGAGACAGCCAUGCAUGCCGACCCAACUGCAGAGACCUUUAGUGCUGAAGACAGGAGUUCUGUUCACCCUCAAAUUACGGCUGCUCGUAAAAAUUCAGGAAUUUAACCACACUCUUCGGGUGAAGGUGCAAUUUGAUAAGGAUAUCGUUGAAAAACGAAAAGGGUUUCGUAUGUUCAACAUCUUGGGAACAUCCAUGAAGGUGAUGAACAUGGAGGAGUCCAAUGGAAUGGCAGCAGAAUUUCGUCAUCUGCAAUUGAGAGAGAGGAAAGUUACUGGAAACAGAACCAGUGAGGGACCGCUGAUCGUCACGGAGGAGCUUCACUCCAUCACCUUUGAUGCUGAGCUUUGCUGGUCUGGGUUGGUCAUCAACUUUGAGACCACAUCUCUGCCCAUAGUCGUGAUCUCCAAUGUCAGUCAGCUGCCCAGUGGAUGGGCGUCCAUCAUGUGGUACAACAUGCUGACCUCUGAACCAAAGAACCUGUCGUUUUUCGUGACUCCUCCACCGGCCACAUGGGGUCAGCUACAGGAAGUGCUGAGCUGGCAGUUUUCCUCCAUCACCAAACGAGGCCUUAAUCCUGAACAGUUAAGCAUGCUGGGAAAUAAACUGCUAGGUCCUAAAGCGGCAUCGGAUCCUGAAGCUCAGAUUCCCUGGAACCGAUUCUGUAAGUCUGGCAGUGAGAAGAACUUCACUUUCUGGCUGUGGAUUGAAGCAGUUCUCGACCUGAUAAGGAGACAUUUGCUGAGCCUGUGGGAUGAUGGGUGCAUCAUGGGAUUUGUGACCAAAGAUCGAACUAAAUCUCUGCUCAACAACAAAGCUCCAGGGACGUUUCUGUUGCGCUUCAGUGAAAGCAACCGUGAUGGAGCCAUUACAUUCAGCUGGGUCGAACACGACGCAAAUGAGGAUCCACAGAUUCGCUCUGUAGAGCCGUACACAAAGAAGGAGCUCUCCGCUGUUUCACUUCCUGACAUCAUUCGAAAUUACCGUGUAAUGGCCGCCGACAACGUUCCAGAAAACCCUCUGCGCUUCCUGUAUCCUCAGAUUCCCAAAGACGACGCCUUCAAGAAAUACUACUCCAAGCCCACAGACAAGCAAGAACCAAUGGACGUUGAUAAGAAGUCAAAUGAGGGAUAUCUCAGCACCACUCUCAUCUCCAUCUCUGAAAUGAAACCACAAGAAUAUAAUGAGAACCUCAUGCCAAUGUCACCUGAGGUCUACGGCGAGCUGGAGCGCAUGAAUCGAUUCGAUACUGUACAAUUGGAGGCAGCAGACUUGAUGACAAUUACAUAGAAAACGCGAGUGACUCGAAUGGUUUCUUUCGCUGUUUUUUUGCAAUAAUGCAAAUGAAAAAGGAAGAAUUCUGUUAUUCCUCUCCUUUUCAUGCUAAAAAAAAACACUGUAUUCACCUAUCCUCAUCUCAUUCACUAGCGGAAAAAAUCUAUAGCGGAAAAAAAACAGCUUGAAUUUACCCCACAAUAACCUCAGCAUUUAUUCUAGAAAAGAAAAGCAACAUUUUAAGCAGGGAAUGUGUGUAUGAACGUAGAGCACUUACUUUAAAAUAGCACUUCAUUUUCUACAAUGCCAAGUAAUAUAAAAGAAAAGAAAAAGAGUGGACAAGAAUCUCAAGAUUGGAUACAUUUCAGAAAAACGUUUCUUCUGUAUUUUCUAUAAAGGAAACGAAACUUAUUUUAAGGACUAUUACAUACUUUUUUAAACAGUUAAGCCAUUAUUUAAUUAAUCUUAUGUGAAAAAUAUAUUUCUAUUUGCACCUUUGACAUUUUUGACACAGACCAACAAUAUGAAAAUCCUCACGUUUCCAGGAGCUAAUAUUGUAAACAUUUUAUGAAUAAAUACAACUAAAAGCCAAAAAGCCUACAUUUCAGUUAAACCCACCAGCUGCAAUAACACAACAAGAAAGAAAUGAUCUGUGUUCAAAAGCAUUUUUUUUCUGAUAUAUAGUAUGUCUUGUAUGUAAUAUAUUGAUCAUUUUUACUGUAAUAUAAAAGAGAAAUUAAACAUUUAUUAUGAGUUUAAAGGAAACGCAUUUUCAGAAAAAAAAUCCAAUCCCAUUAAUGUGAAUUACACUGUUAAACUGCAAAUCAUAAUUGCAAUUAAAAUAGUCCUAAAAUAGGCUUUGUUUUCUUUAAGUAAAGAAUUUCUGAAGUUCCUUCUUUACGAUUUGAGGCAAAAAAUAAAUAAAUAAAUAAAUAAAAUUCCAACAUGUGUUUUUGUCAGUUUCACCCAGAACAAAGGAAUUUCAGGAAAAUUCUGAUUUAACAUGUAAGCUGUUAGGGGUUUACUCUCCUAAACACCGUUUCUAUAUAUGUCAAUCAAUUUUACAUUUUCCGAAUUUGCUGGUGCUUCAUUUAGUAUUAUCUAUUUUUUGUACUCUGUAGUUUUAUUUUCUCUUCUUGUGCACUGGAUUGUGGUGUUGUGUGUAACAGAAAUAUUCUUCUUAUUUAAAUUUAACAUUUUUCAAUUUUGUUUGGAAAAGCCUUAAAAAAAAUUGCACCUUAAAAUGUUUGUCACCGACCAAAAAUAUACGAAAACCCCAACAGACACAUCUUUCAAGCCACUGUUUUGUAAAUAUUUUGAACGAAUUAAGAUAAACGUUUAAAAACGCUAUACGAAAACCACUGUUGAAAGUCUUUAUUGUUUUUACAUUUCGAAUGUGGAAUAUAAUUCGAACAAAGGUACGAACAAACAUCUACAGCACAACAUAACUAAAUAUUAAAAUCAAAGUUCGAUUUCACAACAUCGCGAUACAUUCGCAGCAGUAAAUAACAAACGCUGCUAAAAAUAAAAGUAACAGCUUUCUUCGUAAAAACGAAAAACAAUUUACACAAAAUUGCUAAAGUGCAACAAGUAAAACCAAUUAAGAUACGAAUAAUGACCUACUGUAGUUUUGUUUGUUGUGAAUCUUUUGGUCGUUUUUUUUUUCCAAAACAAAUUUUUUACAGUUAAAGCACAUACAGACACAAUAAAAAACGCCAUUUACAAUACUUCAAUAAUAGUGUCCCACUAGAAAACAAGCACACACACAAUCAGCUUUGGAGGCGUUCUUCAAGUAAACGUGCCUCUUUGUCCAUCGUACUGUACAAUAAAACAAUUUGUGAGCUUAUUCGCUUAAAACGUGUGCUUUUAGACAUAAAAACAACUACAUGACACAUGUUUAGACUGCAUUUACACCAAUGCAUUCAGGUGUUGAUGCCACAACCUUUCUGAUUGUUUGUUCAUUUUCAACUUUUAAUCUUGUCAUUUCUUUAUGUGCUGAGAAUAAAACUGAAAAUCUAAAA